UCUACAAGAAUAUAAACCAACCAAGACAUGAAGUUACACACUACAGAGAAAGCAACAAAAAGAAAAGUAACAAAUCGCAUGGCAAUACUAAAAAUCAUAAAAAGUGUUCAAAUAUUGAAUUAUAUUUUUGCUAGUUACACCCUCUAUUAAAGCAAUAUAUUGAAUUGAAAAUUGAUUUACUUAAAACUAGGAUAGUUGAUCAUGUCUGGUGAAUCGCAGAGGGUUGUGGUGAUCCACCAUUCAUCAAGAGACUUUAGUGCAAAAGCUCUUAAAUGGGCCCUCAGUGGCUUUUCACUUGAACAUGGUGAUAACCUUACACUUCUUGCAAUUCUUCGCCGUGUAAACAGUCCUUCCAGUGCUAGAUUUCGGGCAAUAUUUGGGAGUGAUCAGAAUGUUGUUGAAGAAGAGGUUGCAAAGAAGAAAGAAAAGCUGCAUAAUGAUCCAUGCAUCAGAAAAAUUUCUGAGCAGUGUGAAACAAACAAGAUUCAGUUCUUGAUUGAAGUGCUUCCAGGAAAGUUACCAGAGCUUGCUGUAAACGCUGCAAUCAGUUUGAAGGCAACGUCAGUUAUACUUGAUAGGGACAUGAAGAAAUAUAAGACAGAUUUCAUGCAGAGUCUCUCUUGUGCUUUGCUAAUAAUGAAACGUGAUAACUCCAUUAAGCACUUGAGAGGGCCAAGGAAAACAAAGAUUUCUUUUAGAGGAUAUGACAAAGCAAGUUCUGUAAAACGUCCCGAAUCCACAUCGAGUUUGCAACGCAUGACAAAUGCCGUUUUCUGCUCCAAAUCGAGCUCUGAUCUUUCUAAGGUCGCGUGUCAUCGACUUCAUUGUCAAACAAAACAAACCCCUGAAGACAAAGAUCUUGAUAUGGCAAGAGGGUAUUGCCUAUUACCUAUUCAAGACAUUCAAAAGACAAGUAGUGUUCCUCAAAUGCAUCAGAAGGAGACAACAUUUGAACAUAGAAGCAAGAAAGAAGCAUAUCAAAAAGUUGAAAAGUUUAAAAAUUCUGUUUGUUCAGUGUGUGAGAACACAAGGCCAAAAUUUGAGUUGAUGAAAGAAUUCACAUAUGGGGAGUUGCAUGAAGCAACACAUGGUUUUUCACCAAAGAACUAUUUAUCAGAAGGUGGAUUUGGUUCUGUUUAUUGGGGAAAGUUGCAAGGAAUUAAGAUUGCUGUUAAGAGACAUAAGUUUGCAAGCUUACAAGGAGAGAAGGAAUUCAAAUCUGAAGUUAAUGCACUUAGCAAAGCAAUGCAUGAAAAUGUGGUCAUGCUUCUAGGAUCUUGUUCUGAGGGAAUUAACAGAUUUCUUGUUUAUGAAUUUGUUUGCAAUGGCUCACUUGAUCAACAUUUAUCGCAACACUCUAGAAAACCUCUUAAUUGGCCAGAGAGGAUAAAAGUGGCUAUUGGAGCUGCAAAAGGCUUAUUGUAUUUGCAUGAGAAUAAUAUAAUACAUAGAGAUGUGAGACCAAGUAACAUCCUUGUGACACAUGAUUAUGAAGCAAUGCUGGGAGAUUUUGGACUGGCUAGAACUGAACAAAUGGACUCUGUGUACUCAACAGAUGUUGUUGGAACUUUAGGGUAUAUGGCACCAGAAUAUGCAGAAUCUGGCAAAGUGUCAACCAAAUCAGAUGUGUAUUCUUUUGGUGUGGUGCUUCUUCAAUUAAUAACAGGAAUGAGGACCACAGACAAAAGGAUUGGACACAAAAGUCUUGUGGGAUGGGCUAGGCCACUACUGAAGGAAAGGAACUAUCCAGAUCUAAUUGAUGAAAGGAUGAUGGAUACUUAUGAUUGUCACCAGCUUUUUUGGAUGAUUCGACUAGCCGAAAAAUGUCUCACCAGAGAUCCUCAGAAGCGAUUACCAAUGGAUACAGUGGUUAGUGCAUUAACUCAUAUAGUAGAAGGCAACACAUGUAGCAUGGUACUAAGAGAUUGCUCUCCAGCACGGUCAGAUUCAUCCUAUGACUACAUGUCAGAAUCUCCAAUAUCAUAUGUCUCUCCAGAAUUACAAGUACAUCAAGAUGGAAUCCUCUGUGUAGGAUGUAACAUGGUCAAUUUAAGACCCCCACCAUCUCCUCCAUUUGGAAGCACAGGCACUUCUUGGAGUACUACUACAUCCACCAAGCAUGCAUGUUCACAAGGCUGAAUGAAUCAAUCAAUCUCCUUCUAAUCAUUUGAAUCAAUAAGGAAACAGUGACCAUAGUCUCCUCCUUUUUCCAUUUUCUAAUUUAUUUAAAUAGUUCACUUCACACAAAUAAAAAUGUUUCCAAUGUUAAAAUAGACUAUGCUUCAUACUUUGUUCUAGACAUCGUUUUCUUGAUUUAGCUUUUGUAUGCUGAGCAAUUUACUUUUGAAGGUAAAGUAAUUGAUGAAUAAAAUAACAUUUGUGCUAAUUUCAUUCCUAUUUUUUGGUACACUUAGAUAUGUUAAAUUUACAUAACCUAUGUGAACUUGUUGAAUGUUGUGUUUAGGACUGCUGGUGUGUAUAGUCAAAUUG